AUGGGAGCGUGUGUCCUUAAUCUGUCGACGAGGGGGUCCGCAGGUGUAGGGAGCUGGUAUUUCCCCAGGGCCUGCACCCUGACCAGGGAGAUGUUGCAUUGCCUGACUUCUGAACGGGAGCCAGUGACCCAAUCUGAGGACCGAGAGCAGAAGCCCAUGGAAGAUCCUAAAGACAUCAUCACCCUGGCUUUUGUGAGAGAGAACACUGGGGUGUCAAACGGACCUCGGAACGCCCAGCACCAAGGCAAGAAGAAGAAGAAGAGGAAGAAAAAGAGAUGAUUGGUGAUCAAUCUAUCCAGCUGCCGGUAUGAGAGCGUGCGCAGGGCAGCCGAGGAGUACGGGCUCAGGGAGGGAGGCGAAAAUGAUGACUGGACCCUCUACUGGACAGACUAUGCCGUGUCGCUGGAACGGGUGAUGGAAAUGAAAAGCUACCAGAAAAUCAACCAUUUUCCUGGGAUGAGUGAAAUCUGCCGCAAGGACCUGCUGGCCAGGAACAUGAGUCGCAUGCUGAAGAUGUUCCCAAAAGAUUUCCACUUUUUCCCCAGGACCUGGUGUCUUCCUGCUGACUGGGGUGACUUGCAGGCCUACAGCAGGCUGAGAAAGAACAAGACAUUCAUUUGUAAGCCAGACUCAGGCUGCCAAGGGAGAGGAAUAUUUGUCACACGGACGGUGAAGGAGAUCAAGCCGGGGGAGGACAUGAUCUGCCAGCUGUAUAUCUCAAAGCCCUUUAUCAUCGACGGGUUCAAGUUCGACCUGCGCAUCUACGUGCUGAUAACAUCCUGUGACCCUCUUAGGAUUUUCGUAUACAAUGAAGGGUUGGCCCGCUUUGCCACCACCUGCUACUCUCACCCUUGCAUGGACAACCUGGAUGAUAUCUGUAUGCACCUGACUAAUUACUCCAUCAAUAAGCACAGUUCAAAUUUCAUUGAAGAUGCCCACUCAGGCAGCAAGAGGAAGCUCUCCACCUUCAACUUGUACAUGGAAAGCCACGGCCACAACCUGAAGCAGAUAUGGGGGGACAUUGAAGACAUGAUCAUCAAGACGAUCAUCUCAGCCCACCCCAUUAUCAAGCAUAACUACCACACGUGCUUCCCCAACCACACGCUCAACAGUGCCUGCUUUGAGAUCCUGGGCUUCGACGUCCUGCUGGACCACAAACUCAAACCCUGGCUGCUGGAGGUCAACCACUCUCCGAGCUUCUCCACCGACUCCAGGUUGGACAAAGAAGUGAAGGACAGUCUGCUGUACGACACCUUGGUCCUGAUCAACUUGGGCAGCUGUGACAAGAAGAAGGUCCUGCAGGAGGAGAGGCAACGGGGGCGUUUCCUGCAGCAAUGCCGGUCGCGGGAGAUCAGGAUGGAGGAAGCCCGAAGCUUCCAAGCCAUAAGGCUGGCAAAGACAGAGAAAUACGAGAGGGAGAACCAUGGUGGGUUCCGGCUGAUCUACCCCAGUCUGAAUUCGGAGAAGUAUGAGAAGUUUUUCCAGGACAACAGCUCGCUUUUCCAGAAUACUGUAGCUUCCAGGGCACGGGAGGUGUAUGCCCGGCAGCUGAUCCAGGAGCUGAGGCUGAAACAGGAGAGCAAAACUUUCCCACGGAAAGAGAAGAAGGUGGAGAUGCAGGGGGAGUCAGCGGAUGAACACACGAGGGGCAAGGGCACCAGGAUAUGGCAACAGAGACAGCCCUGGAAGUGCAAGACCACCCCUUGUGCCUCCAAACAAUCCUUCCAGCCUUUGUCGCUGGGGUCCUGUAUCCCUGACCUGCUCUUGAAUGUCGGAGAUGUCAAGACAAACGAGCCAGACAGUGGUUCUCACGAGAAGACUCCCAAGAAGAAAGUUGGCCCUGCUGCCCACAAACCUACGUGUGCCCGGCACUACAGCUCCGUGCCCGACCUCAGGAAUUCCAGUCUCAGCUGCUCUGGCCUGGAGCUUGAUAAACCCAACAGUAGAACCAAGAAGGCCAAGUCUACUCCUGCCUUCGUGUGCAUAUUCCCGGGUACCAGACCCCUAACCUCUGUAGAAACCUCACCAGAGCCCACUACCCCAGGCUCCACUUCCUCGGAAUCUCUGGCCAACCUGACCUUGACCACCAGUUCUGAGUGCAGCAGCCCGGAGACAGUCAGGGCGAUCUUCCAGAAAGACAAGCCACCACGCCACCACAUCUCCCUGCCACUCCCCCAGGAGAAAACACCAAAACCUGUGCCAGCCACGAAACUUCACAGCUCCUCCAAGAAUCAGGGCCCUAGCUGGUCUUGGCUGAAGCAUGACCCAGAGAAGCAGCAACAGCAGCGCCUGAAGUGGGAGCUGUGUACCAAGGCUCCGCCCAGGAGGAAGCGCUUCUCAGGCCCAGCUCACCGCAACACCAUGCUGGUGCUGGGCGCCCAGUCACAAAACUCCUCCUGGUCCAGGGAGUGCCACUCCCACAGCAGCCGCAGCUCUGGAAAGAAGAAGCAGCUGGAUACCUGCGCCCUCCCCUCCCUGCAGGGUCCUCAGAGUGACCUACGGGUAAUCGCCACCCCAGCCCGACUAGAUCCCAGGCCUGGACGAAUCCAUGCAAAUGCUGUGAGGGACACAUGUGUACAGGACCAGGAAGUGUGUAGUCCCUGCCUGGCCUCUGGUGUGAGAGGAUGUGAGAAGAACUAG